AUGCGGGUUUUAUGGUCGAUUCGUUCGAAGGUCGGUCGGCGGUCGGUGGUUCCGCUGUCAAGGUACCGACGACCUUUGAUUGAUGGUGUUGUGGUGCUGGCGAUUGGCGAUUGGCCCUGUUCUUCAUCGUUUUUUCUUAAGCGGUCGGUCGCUUGGGGGUUUGGGCUUCUGGGUUCGGGUCGCUGGAGCUUGGGUCGCGUCGUUUGUGCCUGUGGUGGUUUGGAAUGUGCAUAUGUUGGUGGGGACACAAAUCGUUGUCAGCUCGAGAGAAAGAGAGAGCAGGGGACCUUGGCUUUUGAGCUCCGUACAGCAAUGGCGUUCAUGUCCUUUCUCGGUAGACUGCUCUUCGUCUCUGUCUUCGUUCUCUCUGCUUAUCAAGAGUUCAAUGAAUUUGGAGCUGAUGGUGGGCCAGCAGCAAAGCAUUUGAGGCCUAAAUUCAGUGUCUUCGCCAAACAUGUUACAGCGCAGACUGGACUCCAAGUGCCUCAUGUUGAUAUGAAAAAUUUGAUUUUGGGCGCCAUUGCCGUGAAAGCUCUUGGAAGCCUCCUGUUUGUCUUUGGCAGCUCUCUUGGAGCUUCGAUAUUGCUUCUGCAUCAAGCAAUCUCGGCACCCAUCUUAUAUGAUUUCUAUAAUUACGAUGCUGACAAGAAAGAGUUUGCUCAGCUUUUUGUUAAAUUCACACAGAAUUUGGCAUUGCUCGGGGGCCUGCUGUUCUUCAUCGGCAUGAAGAACUCAAUGCCCAGGAGGUCGCCUAAGAAGAAGUCUGGCACCUCCUCUCAUCCGGCGGAUUAG